CAGCUCUCACUCCGGGCCGUCCGUCAAUGGUAUUAUUGGUGUGAUUUACAGCCUGAGAUGAGCUUACCACAGAAAGCCAAACCACAGCCUGUGAUACGAGGACUACAACAGCCUCCUUCAAUUGCCCGAGGACCUGUACAGCAGCAACUUGACGAGCGCAUCUACCCUCCACAGGCAGCUGUAGCCGCCGUCCAGUAUACAGUCCCACAGGUGCCCGAGCAGGCAGGACCACCUGCUCCUUACACAGCCUAUGAUAUAAACAGAGGCCAUCCAAAUCUUCUCAGAACGCCACCAGACCAUCAUGCCACUUCACCAGGCCUCUCGCAGGCUGCUUUCCCCACUGGCCAGAAUGCAGCUCCGCUCGUGUACUCUCAAAAUCCACAGACAAUGACGCCGCAACAGCAGACUAGACAGUUUGCAGCAGGGCCUCGGACAGCCCACCACCAGGGAGGAUUCAGACCGAUUCAGUUUUUCCCAAGGCCACAGAUGCAAGCAGCUCGGCCCAGCAUCCCCAACAACAGUCCUUCCAUGCGUCCUGGGGCACAGACAGCAACGGCGGCAGUCUACCAGCCCAGCCAAGGGCCCAUCAUCAUGAUGAACCCACCUGUGCCAUACCCCCAAGCCCCUCAGGCUCAGUAUUACAUCGCUAACCCGUUCCGCCCCAGUGCAGCUCCUUACGUGGGUCCCCCACAGCAGUAUUCGGUGCAACCACCUCCGGGGCCAUUUUACUCAGGACCGGGUCCCGGUGACUUCCCUGCAUACGCACCAUCCUAUUAUAGCCAACCUGUGUAUUCCCCAUCUGCACCUUUGAUAGUGCCUACACAACAACCUCCGCCUCCAACCAAGAGGGAAAAGAAAACGAUUCGAAUCCGAGACCCAAACCAGGGAGGAAAGGAUAUCACAGAAGAAAUUAUGUCAGGAGGUGGGGGAAGCAGAAACCCCACCCCUCCAGUGGUACGGCCCAGUUCCACCCCAACCCCUCCUCAGCAGCUGCCCAGUCAGAUGGCAGAUCACACUCCAGCAUUUGGAGCCGGGGAGAACCUGCAGCCCAGUGUGGACUUCAAGCCAGUGGGACGGACUGAAGCUGAUUUUAUAAAGCUGAAAGCAGAUGAGAAACCAAAGCAGGAAGCAGUGGUGAAAAGCACGUCACCAGGCAUCCGGGAGGAAGAAGUCAUAGAAAAGAAAGAGACAGAAGAGGAACCUCCUGACUUUGCCCCCUUGGAGACCGAGGAGACUUCUGCUCCCAGUGACUCUGUGUUCCCAGCCUCCGAUUCCACUGAUGAGACAGCCCCAUCUCUUCCCAAAGAGGAGGAGGAAUCUGCCCCCAACUUAGUUUUGCAUCCAGAAAUUGACGAUAGCAGUGAAAAAGAGCAAGUGGACACAGAUCUGCCUGAGGAAGUACUUGUCUCCCCAGAGGCUGUCACCAAUACGGAUGUGAAUGGCAUUGAGGAGAGGGAGGUGUCGGUUAGCCCCUUGGAAAGUAUAGCCCAGGAACUGCCUCCAUCACCCACUGAGGGGGAGGUUGCCGAGCACCGGACAGAGGCUGGGGUAGAGUCGCCACCUUCCCUUGCCGAUACAGACUUAUCUCCACAAGAGGCCAUGGAGGCGGAUGAUGGUAAGAGCACUUCUGUCAGCGAUGCCCAGGAAGAAGAGGUGCAGGACAAAGAGUCUGCUGAAGUGGAGGAGAAAGAGGUAGAUGAAAAUGAAUCUCAACACUUGAACUCCAGAAAAAGCCCCGAGCCUGUACCUGUCCAGACUUCUCUUACUGCACCAAAGAUGCCGAAGAAUCCAAACGAGUGCAACGAACCAGAGGAGGAUUUGCAAGAGGUGAAUAAAGAGCCUCAGGUUGAGGAGGAGGCAGAGGAAGAAGAGGAGGUUCCAGAUGAGAUUACGCCCGAGCCCGAACCAGAGGCCGCAGUCCUGGACCUCAGCCCGGAGGAAACGGAUGUCGAGAAGGCUGCAUACGUGGAAGAAAAUGGAGAGAGGGAAGCAGAACCUGAACACAAUGGAUCAGAAACUGUCUCCGAAAACGAAAGUGCAGACACUGGUGUCAAAGAAAGCCCAGAGGACACAGUGGCUUCCAGCGUUAGAGAAGAGCAGUGGAAGCCCCUCAAUCCAGAGGGUAAGAAGCGAUAUGACCGUGAGUUCCUCCUUGGCUUCCAGUUCAUACCGGCCAGCAUCCAGAAGCCGGAGGGCUUGCCUGCCAUCACCGACGUGGUUCUCGACAAGGUUAACCAGACUAAAUCGAUUUCAAGGCCACUGGAUCCUUCCCGGAUGCUGACCAGAGGACCAGACUUCACACCCUCCUACGCGGACUUUGGAAGGCCAGUCCUGAGUACCCGAGUGAUACCGGUGCUCAGUGUCGUCGGACCAAGGAGAUCUCAACACGGGCAAAGACGAGAGCCCAGGAAAAUCAUUCCCAUCGUAUCCGUCAAUGAUGAUGUGAAGCUGAAGAAAUCAGAAAAUGCCUGGAAACCCACCGGGAAACGGGAAGCAGUUCAGGAGGAACCUGAUCUGAACAAAACGCAGGACCUGUUCCGCCGAGUGCGCAGCAUUCUGAACAAGCUGACCCCUCAGAUGUUCCAGCAGCUGAUGAAGCAAGUUCAAGAGCUGACCAUUGAUACUGAGGAACGACUAAAGGGAGUCAUCAACCUGGUGUUCGAGAAAGCUAUUGAUGAGCCCAAUUUCUCAGUCGCCUAUGCCAACAUGUGCCGCUGCCUCACCAUGCUGAAAGUCCCGAUGGCAGACAAACCAGGAGCCUGGGUAAAUUUCCGCAAAUUGCUGCUCAAUCGCUGUCAGAAAGAGUUUGAAAAGGACAAGGCAGAGGAUAUCUUCAAUGAGAAGAGACAGAAGGAGAUCGAUGCUUCUUCAAAUGAAGAGAAAAGCCGUCUGCAAGCGGAACUGAAGGAAACCAAGGACAUGGCUCGCAGGAGGUCCAUUGGAAAUAUUAAGUUUAUUGGUGAGCUCUUCAAGCUUAAGAUGCUAACGGAGGCCAUCAUGCAUGACUGUGUGGUCAAACUGCUGAAAAACCACGACCAGGAGUCACUGGAAUGUUUAUGCCGGUUACUAACCACCAUCGGCAAGGACCUCGACUUUGAAAAGGCAAAACCUCGCAUGGACCAGUACUUCAACCAAAUGGAAAAAAUAGUAAAGGAAAGGAAAACUUCAUCCAGAAUACGGUUCAUGUUACAAGAUGUGAUAGAUUUGAGGCAGAAAAACUGGGUGGCUCGCAGAGUUGAGCAAGGGCCGAAGACCAUAGAACAGAUCCACAAGGAUGCUCAGAUUGAGGAACAGCAACAGCAGCUCAAAGUCCAUCAGCAGCUCCUGUCCAAGCAGGAAAAGAGGAGGCCAGCUGCUGUACGACCCUCAGAAGAAGCGUGGAAUGUCGUUCCAGUGGGAAAAAGUAGCAGAACAAUAGAUCCUAGCAAAUUCCCCAAAAUCACCAAGCCUGCCACCGAUGACAAAAUUCAGCUGGGCCCAGGAAGCGGCCUAGGGAGCUGGGUGAAGGGCAGCAGUGGAGGUGUUAAAACAAUUGAAUCUGAUGCCCCACGAGCGAGUGUGAACAGGUUCUCUGUGCUGCAGCAGGCAGCUUCUCCCGCUGUAGAAUCCGAGCCUCGCAGGACACUCCCAAGUCGGAGCAGCAUCGGCCGGGAGAAGAACGAUAAGCCAGCCCAACCGGUGAUCUCCAGAGGCAGCAGCAGCAAGGAGCUACUGGAUGACCGAGAGGAGGAGAGGCCAAAGGUCCUGGAGAUAGUGCAGCAAAGCACCAGUGAGGAGAAGAACAUUGAGGUGGACAAGAGCAGCCCAAUGGAACUGGUGAAACCAGACCUUCCUCCUUCUGGUGACUCCCCGAAAUCGGCUUUCUCUGAAGACGAGAUGGAGAAAAAGUCUAAAUCCAUUAUUGAUGAGUUUUUGCACAUUACUGAUUAUAAGGAGGCAGUACAGUGCGUGGAGGAGUUGAAUUCACUAAGCCUGCUCCAUGUCUUUGUAAGAGUUGGUGUGGAGUCCACAUUAGAGAGAAGUCAGAUAACCAGAGAGCACAUGGGUCAGCUUUUCUACCAGCUUGUUCAGUCAGGAAAGUUACCCAAAGAGGAAUUCUUCAAAGGGUUCUUAGAGCUGUUAGAACUGGCAGAAGAUAUGGCCAUUGACAUACCACAUAUAUGGUUGUACUUGGGUGAGCUUGUAACCCCCAUGUUACAAGAAAGCGGAAUCUCUAUGAGAGAAUUAUUUACAGAGUUUAGCAAACCUUUACUUCCUGUGGAGAGAGCAGGGGUUCUGCUUUCAGAAGUUUUGCACCUUCUAUGCAAACAAAUGAGCCAUAAGAAAGUUGGGGCCUUAUGGAAAGAGACUGAGUUAAAUUGGAAGGAUUUCCUACCUGAAGGAGAGGAUGUCCAGAAUUUCAUUAGUGAGAAGAAAUUGGAGUUUACAGUAUCAGAUGCAUCUAGUCCUACUGAAGCACUUUCAAAACAGGAGCUCUCCGCUGAAGAACUGAACAAAUGGCUAGAGAAACUCAUAAUCGAAGACAAGGCUAGCAAUGAGCAAAUCUUUGACUGGGUAGAAGCUAACUUGGAUGAAUCACAGAUUGGUUCAUCUACCUUCCUUAGGGCUUUAAUGACAACAGUAUGUAGGUCAGCUAUUACAGGAGAAGGGCCUCCAAGUCGAGUAGAUGCAAACAUUAUACAGCAAAGAUUGCGAUUGUUACUCAAAUACCUUAACUCUGAUACUGAAAGAGAAUUACAAGCACUUUAUGCACUACAGGCAUUGAUAGUAAAACUUGAUCAACCUCCUAACCUGUUAAGGAUGUUCUUUGACACUUUGUAUGACGAGGAUGUGAUAUCUGAAGAUGCAUUCUACAAGUGGGAAAGUAGCAAAGACCCCGCGGAGCAGAACGGCAAAGGAGUAGCGCUAAAAUCUGUCACGGCAUUUUUUACGUGGCUAAGAGAAGCUGAGGAAGAGUCAGAAGAUAACUAGAAAAAGAACGUCUUCGCCAAUCAAAGUGCAAAAGGGCCAAUCAUCGCAACAAAUCUGCACGGAUAUACAGUCAGCGAUCAUGAUGAAAAUUAUGGUACACGCACGUAAAAAAAAAAAGCUGCAGCGAUGUUUAAAGAACCAUGGGUGGGAGCACUAAAAUGUAUUAUUUAUAGAAAAUAUUUUUGUUUUAAAUUUUACGUUUUUUGUUAUUUUUAAAAGGACAGAUGGUUCCAUUCUCUGUGCAAAAAAAUAAAAAAAAAUUGAACACUUUAAUUUAUUUUUAGAACUGCAAAGGUGAUGUAAUUUUGAGUUUGCAGUUACUGUAAACAGAAUGUAACAUAGAGGAAACAGACCCAACUCUUGCCCACAAGGCUAUUUCAAACAAAGGUAGGGCAGUGGAAUUUAGUAUUUGGGUGGGGGUAACAAUGAUGGCUGACAGUAGUACAUGUGCCAGUAAUUCUUCCUACCUGCUUCAGCUUGCUCUAGAAAUGUACAUAAACAUUCAACCAGAAGAGGAUGUUUUUCCCCAAACUUCCAAACCGUACAUUAUGAACUGCAGAACACGGAGAACUUGUACAAACAACAAUUUAAUCCACGGAAAGUUCUUGUAAUACUUUCAAACUAUACAAACUAUCCAGCUGCUCAAAGCUUGUAAAUACAUAAAGAGAAUAUUUAAAA